AUGGCCAACGCGACUGAUCCAAUGCACCCACCUCCCUACACAGCUCAUGACGAACUCAAAGCUAGUGGAGGAUAUCAACAACAAAUGCCACCACAGCCACCCAUACAACCCACCUAUUUCGCUGCACCGCCGCCACCUGCAGUACCAGUUUUCCAACCGAUCUGGAGCACUGCAUUAUUAGGCCGUACUCCAGUUGCGGUACAAUGUCCGAGAUGUCAACAGCAAAUUGUAACCGUAGUUCAGUACGAGACUGGUGGUGGCACUUGGCUCAUUGCACUGCUAAUCUGUAUUUUUGGCGGUAUUUUUGGUUGUUGUCUGAUCCCAUUUUGUGUGUCAGGUUGUCAAGAUGCUGUACACACGUGUCCUGCAUGUCGAAGUCUAGUUGGUCGACGAAAUGUUAUUUAG